UUUUAAAAUUAUUUUAUAAGUUUUAUUUUAAUUGUAAAGCAGAAAAGGAUGAAAUUAAGACAUCCAAUUAUUGAUCAGUGAAAUAACAGGAGAAAAUUCCAGUACUUACAAAAAGGCAAGGAAUUGGUAAGAUAAUCUACAUGAAAUAUUGCCUGAUGCAGUGAAGUAAGAAGAAAAUGACACUGCGUCAACAAAAAUUUGCAGAGGAUGUCAAUAGUGCUAUUGCACUCUGUGAGAAAUAUAAGUGGCCAUUUACAGACUUUCAUCAGACAGAUAAUUCCUUGUCAUUUGUUCAGAUAAAAAACAACUGUAAACAACCAGUCACCAUCUGCAUUUCUGAAGACUAUCCAGAAAACACUUUAAUAACAAGACCAGAUAACCCGGACCAUUCCGAGCAUAGUAAUGACACUGUUAAAAACAUCAUUAUGGCCCUAAACAGAGUUUUAAACAAUAAUUUGGAGAGAUCAGAGAGCAUUGAAACAGAUGAUUCUUGCUAUGAAGAUUGUCAGGCCGAGCUUAACUCUGACUGCGAUGAUGAUGAUGAUGAAGAUGCCAUAGAUGAUUACUAUCAGUUGUUGGAGGACAGAAAUGAAGAUGUGGAGAUAAACCCUGUGCUUGCUCUAGAUAUGGAAAAACUGACAGGAUGUUAUGGUGAUCAUGUGAUGGACUACAGAACCUUUGAAUCCAUAAAUGAGAUAGACAUUGAAAUAAAAAUUUGCCUUACUUCAUUAUUAGAGAGAGAAGUUAUAGAUGCCUGGAAUUUGGAUUGUUCGCAGCCCUUGGUAAUUAGGUUAAACCUGUCAAUGUCAGCCUACCUGGACGUACCCAGCCCUCCAAAAUUACAGGUGUUGCAUUCAUCAAAAAGUGGCAUCGUGAGCCAGUUGCAGAAGAUCUUGACAAGCUUUGUCAAUGAGCAGUGGCCCAGAGUCAGUAAUGCCUUAUUACAACAGAUGUUUGAGGAGGCAGAGCAAAAAUCACAAGCCACAAGUGCUGACAAUUUAGCGGUGACAAGCAAUGAUAAGAACAUUGCCCGUCUGAUGGAGAUGGGGUUUAAUGCUGACCAGGCCAGCAUGUCUCUACUACACAAUAACGGGGACAUUGUACGGGCACUAGAGUUCCUAAUGGACAACAAAGGCAGAGUUGAUGGAUUGACAAAUCAGGCUCCAGGGGAUGAGUGUUCCACAUUUUCAGCUUCAAGUAAAAAUCUUCUCUACAAUCGUCAGGCAUCAGUCCCUCUCAGCAAAAAACGCAUUAAAAAGUUCAGUCGACUGCACUCCGUGGAGUCCAGAAGCUUGACCAGUAGUGACCAAGAAGUCAUCGAUCUGACUGAGGAUGAAGAUGGCCUAACCCAAGUGGCCACGUCCUCUUGGUUUGGGAAAAACUCCAAAAGAAUUCCUAGUCCAAAUCUGGGUUUUCUAAUCCAGGUCUAUCAGUAUGCCAGGCAGAGAUUACCGACAUUAAAUGAGUUCUGUGUUGUUUGUGAUGAUGCGCAUGUCUUUCAGAAUGGAGCAAUGUUAAAGCCAUCCGUAUGUUCACGGGAGCUCUGUGUUUUUGCAUUCCAAACGCUGGGUGUCAUGGCUGAUGCUGCAGAAUCUGUAGCAACUGGGGCACAAGUAGUAGAUUUGCUGAUUGCCAUGACCCGAGCUGCAUGUAAUUCUCCAAGAAAAAAUGCUAUAUUCAGUCCAUAUCCAACAGUGGUAGACCCCACCCGCUCCACUGAGUUAGCCCUCAAUCCAAAGUCCAAGGAUUAUGAUAUGGUGAAGAGGAUCUUGGAUUGCAUCCCUCCCACUGAACAACUAGUUAGAACUGACUCCUCUAAUAUAAAGAAGGGCCUGGAUGUUCAAAACAAACUGGCCUAUCCUUUACUCCAGUGGAUAAUUUCAAGUAACAGAUCACACAUUGUAAAGCUUCCAAAAGAAAGGUGCCUGGAAUUCAUGAAAACCCCUCAUCAGUAUCUGCUGUUAAACAGUCCUCCAGCCAAGGAAAAGGUCUUCAGAGAGCUAAAGAAGAAUCAUGGCAGUACAUUUGCUUUCCAUGGGUCAAGUAUAGAAAAUUGGCACUCCAUCAUCAGAGAGGGCCUGAUAGUGGCAUCAGGAACAAGGCUUCAGGUGAAUGGAGCUGCCUAUGGAAAGGGGAUUUAUCUGAGCCCACACUCCAGUACCUCUUUUGGUUAUUCAAGAAUGGGCUAUGGCUACCAAAAAACCAAGUCAUCAGUGUCCCAGUCCCGUUUUCUGGACCAUGGAGUGAGCAUGACUUGUAUUGCAUUGUGUGAAGUGAUCACACAUCCCUCUCUGAAGAGGUCUGGAUCUAUCUGGGUAUCCCCUGAGUCGGACUAUGUCUGUACACGCUUCUUUUUUGUGUAUGAGUCUGGUCAGAAAGGAGAAGAUAUUGACACUCAGAAGAAGGAAUACAUGGGUCUCAUUAUGGCAGCCGUAAACUACAGAGCAUGAAGUGUACAAUGGAGAAUAGAGGUGUCUGAUGUAUACAGAUUACGGACAUCAAAGUUGAUAGGCUGAGUCUACCAUUGCGGACCACUGCAUGUACUACAACAGAGAGGACAUUUAGAACAAAUUCUCCUGUAGUGUACUUGACUGAUGCAGUCCUGUUAUCAUUUUAAGAAUUUUCCAGUCAGUUUUUAAAAUUUUAUUUUGGGACUCAAGUGGAUUUAAUAUGCUUAUACUUAUACUAAUGUUUUGCCAGGUGAUUAUAUUACAUUUUGAAUUGAGUUUUAUCAAUAAAACAUAUGUUAUCUCUUUGAAAAUAAUAAUGCAUGAUAUUUUAGAGCAUACAGGUUUGAUAUAUGUCAGUAAUGAAUAAGGACCACAUACUUUAAUGAUACAUUCCAGUAAUGAAUAAUUAACAUACAUGCACUGGUA